AUGAUUGGCAUUCGGAAACACGUUCUGUUUGAAACAACCGCCACGGGUGCACAAUUCAGCCUGUCAUCGCAUAAAUGGGACGUCAGUCUCGAAAAUGGGUCAACCUUGAGCAGCAAGUAUCUUGUGUGCGCCAUUGGUGUGACAUCUCAAAGGCCAUGUACUAUGGAUAAGGAGCUGAAAUCUUUCAACGGCGACGUUUAUUUCCCGUCAAACUGGCCUCACUAUGAUAUCUCUCCUGCAGGCAAAGAUGUCACAGUCAUUGGGACUGGGUCGACGGCUGUCCUCCACAGUCUGAGGUAA